AUGGCCCAAGGUCGACCGCCGAAGCGCGCUUCAGACAAUGCCGCGCUCAGCCCACGCGCGACAACCCCAGCUCAGCAAAGAAGUCCGAUCAAGCAGCGCAAGAUGGGGAUAAGCGCGCACCACAAGCAGGCUCUCAUAGACAAUCUGCAACUGGAGAUCACUGAACGCGCGCGCAGACUCCGAGCGCAGUACAGUCUCCAAGCACAAGGUCUCCGGUCACGGAUAGAAAUCAGGGUCAACCGAAUCCCAAUGGCUCUGCGCAAGAUGAGGAUGGAGGACCUGGUACUGAAGUACUCUGAGAAGGAGCAGAAGUCCACGAUGACUGCCCGACCACCUCCUGUGCCGGCAAAGGACAGACUUGUGCGGAAACCGGCCGACAAUCAAAGCGCGCUCUCAAAAAGCCAAGUCGACACGCGCUGGGACGCGGAAGGCCCCCACUACGUCGAACACAAGCAGUACUGCUGCACCAGCGGCACAUCCAGUCAAGACACGACGCGCCGCGCCCGCAGCAACUAA